CGUGCAUCCACAACACCUUCUUUCUUAUUCUCUACCUUAUCUGAUUGCGGCUUUGGUUUCAAAGCAAUGGAUUUCUCAUCCGGCGCCUGGGUGGGGAUACGCCUGCUAGCGCCUCACGGCCCACGUUGAUCGUGUCAGUGGCCCCAAAGCCGAAGCCGCGAUACUGGUGAGCCAAGCAACAAAAUGCCAUGAAUCAGGUUUAUAAAAGAACGGAGUCGUCUCCUCAAUUAAGAGAUUUCUUUUUGUUCAAACCAACUUGCAGACAACUCAACACUCCUACAUUGGCUCUCAACCUAGUCAAUCUCACUUUUGUUCGCCUCAAGAUUCACAUACACCAUACAAACCACAUACACUAAACAAACGUACAAUGGCGGACCUCAUCAGAGAUGCCGCCAUCGGCCAAAUCAUCCGAUGGGCCACCAACAACCGCUACCUCCAGUAUCCUGAAGAGAAGGCUGACUUCAAGCUGCCCGAUACCUGGAAUGACCUCAUUGAGGGUAAGACUGCUGCACGACAUGAGCAACCUCGCCCGACUUCCACUGCAUCUACUGUAGCAAACAACACAAACAACAACAGUAGCGAUGAUGAGACUGUUGCAGAGCCGCCUCUAGCUCUUGCGCACAUCACAUCCCGCGGCUCUGGUAUCAACAACAUCACGGAGCGCCGCCUCGAGGCUGACGAGAUCCACAACAUUGAAAAGACACUCUCCUUGCCCGUCGUCCCGCAAAAGACAAAGGACGGAUCUAUCCUCGUCGACUGGUACUACACCGAUGAUGCGGAAGACCCUCACAACUGGACCAAUGGCAAGAGAGCCGCCAUUGCCUGGGUCAUCUGUCUGUACACUUUUGUUGUGUACACUACUUCUGCCAUUUACACCACCUCCACAGAGGGCAUCAUUAGGGAGUUUGGUGUCUCCAACAUCGAGGCCAGUCUUGGUCUGUCGCUCUACGUUCUUGGAUACGGUGUCGGUCCUCUCAUCUUCUCGCCUCUGUCAGAAAUUCCCCGUAUUGGCCGCAACCCAGUCUACAUCAUCACCAUGUUCCUCUUCGUGAUUCUCUCCAUCCCCACCGCCUUUGCCCCCAACUUUGCCGGCCUCAUGGUCCUCCGAUUCCUUCAGGGCUUCUUUGGCUCGCCCUGUCUGGCCUCAGGCGGUGCAUCUCUCGGUGACAUGUACAGCCUUCUUGCGCUUCCUUACGCCAUGAUGUCCUGGGUUUCUGCAGCCUACUGUGGUCCUGCUCUUGGUCCCCUUCUCAGUGGCUUCUCUGUCCCCGUCAAGGGAUGGCGCUGGUCUCUCUACGAGUCCGUCUGGGCUUCUGCUCCCGUCUUCAUUGUCAUGCUUCUCUUCCUCCCUGAGACUAGCAGCGCGACUAUCCUUCUCCGCCGUGCUCAGCGUCUCCGCAAGUUGACUGGCAACGACAAGUUCAUGUCCCAGAGUGAAAUUGAGCAAAGAAACCAAAAGACCUCCGCCAUCAUCCUCGAUGCUCUUGUCAAGCCUCUUGAAAUCACCAUCAAGGAUCCCGCAGUUCUUUUCGUCCAAAUUUACAGCGCCAUCAUCUACGGUAUUUACUACUCAUUCUUUGAGGUCUUCCCUCUCGUUUAUCCCGUUUACUACCACAUGACGCUCGGUCAGAUCGGUCUCGUCUUCCUCUGCAUUCUCAUCUCCUGCUUGAUCGGCAUUGCUGUCUACAGUGCCUAUCUCUACUUCUUCAUGAACCCUCGCAUCGCCCGCUUUGGUUUCCCCAUCCAAGAAGAUCGUCUGCUUCCUGCUCUCGCCGCUGCCUUUGGCCCUACCAUCGGCCUGUUCGUCUUUGCUUGGACAGCCAAGGAAACCAUCCACUGGAUCGUGCCCACCAUUGGUAUCACCAUCUAUGGUGCCACUGUCUUCGUCGUCAUGCAGUGUAUUUUCAUCUAUGUCCCUCUGAGCUAUCCCCAGUACGCAGCCAGUCUCUUCGCUGCCAACGACUUCUUCCGAAGCGCCUUGGCCUGUGGUAGCGUGCUCUUUGCGCAGCCGCUGUAUGGCAACCUCGGCGUUGCCAGAGGUACUAGUUUGCUCGGUGGUCUCAGCGUUAUCGGCAUCAUUGGUAUCUGGCUCCUGUACAUUUAUGGUGGCAGACUCCGAAAGCUGAGCAAGUUUGCCGUCAAUGAUGAGCCUGUCGCGGACGAGCAGUAGUUUCGCUUCCGAUACGACAUGAUGACCCUGUACACUUUUGAAUACCUGCAUAUUGAUACCUCUCUGGAUUUACUAUAGACAACAUAGAAUCAUUUAAUUUAAUUCAUUCAAAAUUAUGUCCUGGCUAGAUGCAUAGUUACAAAAGCAAUGUCUUCCUCAAAAGUUGGCAUCUCUUCCAUAGCUAAAUUCACAGUUCUUUCAACAUCAGAUGGUGCUAAUUGGUACAUAUGAAAUACCUGAAUCGAAAGGUUCAUUAAGUCCAAAUGACACGAACGACGUGCCCAACCAGUCAUAGGAGGUCUUCGGAGUUGUCGCAUUAAGACUGUACAAAGCGUGGCAAAUCCCGAGGCCACGUCAUUACCGGCGGCCCGCUCGCCUGUCCAUGGCCGUUGUUGCGUAUUUGCCUGACCACGGCCUCUGGUACCUUCGGCUGUGUGAAUGCUCGUGAAUUAUAAGUGUAUGGCACAUAGAUGAUCUGCGCUUGCGAUUCUAUCUCUUCCGGGUAUACAGUUGCUCUGUGUAUUGUAGACCCCGCUCGAUUGAACACUAGCAGCGCGCCCUUGUGGUGAUCCAUAUGGUGGAUGCAAUCCAUAAGAGCUGUAUGAUUUCGCGUAGGGAUAGCCGGUGCUAUUCCGGUUGCCGAUGUUGCUGUCGGGCGAUGCUGGAUAAGGAGAAGCCUUAGGGUGUGCUUCAGAAGGCCUUUCAACCGCAUCAGCUAGGGUAUGUAGUCCAGUGGCCUGGUAUUGAGGCGGCAUAGUGGUACUGUGCGGCUGGGAUGCCACGCUUUGCUGAUAAUGAUGGUUCGGCGUUGGGUUACUAGUCGCAUCAACUGCAGGGUUGGUAGCAGGGUGGCUUGUUGGGAACAAAUGCGUUUGAGCCCCGUAACCUUGCGCGCUCGUCUCAUCCGGGGCUACGCUUAGCAUAGAUUGGUCGUUAUCCUCUUCCCACUCCGCGUCCGAAUUCUGUCCCUCUUCCUCAUUAUGCUCCGGUUUGCGCGACUUCUUUGCUCGAGGUCGCGGCGGAGGGAACUCGCAGACAAGGCCACUCUGCACACAAAUAUUACACGUUGGUAAUUCCUUGGAACACUAUCAAUAUGUUAGCCUUAGCGUACUAGCAGUCAACCAAGUAUAACCUACCUUGACUUUUGACUUUGAUGCCUUGCAGUUGAAGCAAAUAACCCUAGAUUUGGUCCUCUGUCUCUUUCCAGUUGUCUGGAAAAUAAUUGGUCCAGCCGGGAUCUCGUUGGUCGUUGGGGGGGAAGUUGUCUUGGUUGUGCUUUUACUGCCUGGCUGGACGAUUCGUAAACUCUCAGCGCCGUACUUCACAAGCAUUUCAAUCGACUUUUUCUGUAAAUCCGGUGCUUGGUUCGACAACACGCUAAAUUGGUCAGCAGAAAGCGUGCUAGCGUCCACGCCAUUUUCACUCAGAAGUUUGGCAGCAACUUCUCGGCGUCUCGUAGCCUCUCCAGCCGAUAUUCCGGAUAUACUCCAGGCUUGCGCAGCUGAUCCUUCGGCCAAAGCAGCAGGCGAUAUGGUCCUAUUACUAGGUUGUUGGUCUAAGGGCUCAUCAGUGCUUGACAGGCGUUGUACCUCUUGUGCGAGCGAUGCCAUGUUCUGCUCGAGGGUGAGCUGGGCGCUGGGAUCUGCGUCUUUGUCCUUUGUUUUCCGAUUUCGCUUUUUGGGAGUUGUGCCGCUUUCCGUGCCAGAUUUCCUAUUGCGUUUUGCGCCAGCAACAGAGGGCUUUGACUUGGCUGGCGUUCGCUUCUUAGGAGACGGACCCAGCACUGGUAUCGGCGGUUCUGCAGGUUGAAAUAACUUCCAGAGACUUCCCACAGUCUUAUGUAUGGGAAUAUGCGAAUAUGUCAUUUUUAUCGUCUUAUUACUUCGUUUGAAGGAUACGGAGAUUGUCCCGCAGCAAUCAAAUGCCGGUCGAUCUGUUAACAGUCGUUAGAGGUCCAUAGAAACCAAACAACACACAAACAUCAAAUAUAC